UCAGACAGUUCAUUUCUUACAAAACUCAGAUUGUAAGAACCAGAGUGCCCAAGCCAUUCAAAAGUUUCUGGAGGCGAUGAAGGCUUUCAAGCUGACCAAAACUGAGAAACUUAUGAUGGUGAAUACUCCUCCCCGCACUGAACUGGAGAUCCAGCUGAUUGUACAAGAGAGUGAGGAGAGAUUAUCCGAAGAAGACGUAAGGAAAAUAAUCAGCUUGUCCAAUGAGUUCCUGCCACUGAGUGAGAACAUAUGACAAACGGACGAGGCUGAUGAGCCGGAAGAAAUAAAUACAUAAAUUGUAUUAAUUAGCAUAAAGUCGGAUGCUUUUAUACCACUGAUAUAAACUAAACCAGAUAUACAUUUUAACCGUAAGGCCUUUGCCAUUAGCGGCAAUGCCGCCAAGCACAUUAAAUAACAAUAUAUUUUUUCUUUUCAAGUUGGUUAUCAAGCAUUAGAUUCGACUAUUUGAUAUUGACCAUUUGACCCUAUAACGUCAUAGUGAUAACAUUUGCUUA